CAGGUCGACGAAUCAUGAGACACCAUAUUCAUCAUCUCGCACACAAACCCUCUGCCGAUCUCAUUAUGACUCCUCCGUUCAUCCUCGUCUUCCUCUUGUUAACCCAAGUAAUCACAGCUACCGCUGCUGGCCAGAGAUACGCCAAUAUCACACGAGGCACCACCCUCACCGCUCAAGGCUCGCCCAGUUCAUGGCUCUCCCCCUCCGGCGACUUCGCCUUAGGCUUCUACCCCCUCGACAGCGACACCUCCCUCUUCCUCCUCGCCGUCUGGUAUGACUCGACCUCCCCUAAGGCCGUCGUCUGGUCCGCCAACCGCGACGCUCCCGUCGCUGCGGGUUCCACCCUGCAGCUCACUAGCGACGGCCGCCUCUCCCUCAAGGACCAGGACGGCAAGCAGGUUUGGAACGCCGGAGCCGCCAACGCCUCCUUCGCUGCCCUCCUCGACACAGGCAACCUCGUCCUCGCCGCUUCUUCCUCCAACUUCCUAUGGCAGAGCUUCGACUUCCCCACUGACACGCUCCUGCCGGGCCAAGUCCUGACCCAGGGCUCCAGCCUGCGUUCCCAACUCACCGAUUCGGACACCUCCGAUGGCCGCUUCCAGCUGGUGGCGCAGACGGACGGCAACCUCGUGCUCUAUCCGCUGGCCCUUCCCACCGGAAACCAGUACGUCGCCUACUGGUCCACCGGCACGACCGGCUCUGGCAAUCAGCUCGUCUAUAACGAGACCGGCAGUCUGUACUAUGCCGUCUCCAAUGGUACCAUCGUCGGCAUAAGCCCUACCUCUACCUAUUCCACGGGCAAUUUCUACCAGCGCGCGAGGCUGGAUCCCGACGGCGUAUUCCGCCAGUACAUCUACCCGAAGAAUGGCACGGCUGGCGGGUCCUUGAGGAAGACGUGGAACGCGGUGGCCAAAGUGCCGCUAGACAUUUGCCGAGAUCUUGUGGUGGAAAACGUCGGCAGCGGCGUCUGCGGCUUCAACAGCUACUGCUCGUCGGAUGGGGAUCAGACACGCAUCAACUGCAUGUGCCCACCGCAGUACUCCUUUAUCGAUCCGGACAAGAAGUACAAAGGCUGCAAGCAGGACUUCCUACAGAUCUGCGAGGGGUACAACCCCGGUGAAUUCGAAUUGAUCCCCGUGGACAACGUCGACUGGCCGUACUACGACUAUGAGUACUACACGAAUGUGGACCAAGAUCGAUGCGCACAGUACUGCUUGGAGGACUGCUUCUGCGUGGUCGCCAUCUUCUGGAGCAACGACGGGGGAUGCUGGAAGAAGAGGCAGCCGCUGGCGCACGGAAGGAUGGGUAGUUAUGUUGAUAGAAGGGCGCUGAUCAAAGUGUCCAAAAGCAACGCUUCCCUGACUCUGCCGCCGGGCCCAGUGACUACUAUAACAAAGAAGCAACGGACGCCGAUGAACCGAGUCGGAUCAGCGCUACUGUGGUGUUCUGGCUCUCUGAAUUUGAUCUUAGUUGCGUUGAUGUCUGUCACCGUCUUAGGUCACCGCAGAAAGAGGGGUCAGAUGCUUCAGCGACAGACCAGCAUGUCCGUGGUAAAUCUCCGAGUUUUUUCUUACCAAGAGCUCGAAGAAGCCACUAAUGGAUUUAAAGAGGAGCUGGGAAGAGGCGCAUUUGGCGUGGUCUACAAGGGGGUGUUGGCAUCAAACAUCAGGACCGAUAUUGCGGUGAAGAGGCUGGAUAGGCUGCUUCACCUGGACAACGAUAAAGAAUUCACCAACGAGGUGAGAUCUAUCGGGCAGACUCAUCACAAGAAUCUGGUCAAAUUGAUCGGAUAUUGCGACGAAGGGUCCCACAGGCUUCUGGUGUAUGAGUACAUGAGCAACGGGGCACUGACGGGUUUCCUGUUUGGCGAUGUGAAGCUGCAGUGGGAGCAGCGAGUCCAAAUCAUCUUAGGCAUAGCCAGAGGGCUGCUGUACUUGCAUGAAGAAUGCAGCACCCCUAUCGUCCAUUGUGAUAUCAAACCUCAGAACGUACUCCUUGAUGAUAAAUUUGUGGCUAGGAUUUCAGACUUUGGGCUGGCAAAGCUUCUAAAAUCCGACCAGACUCGCACCAUCACCGGCAUAAGGGGAACCAGAGGGUACGUUGCCCCAGAGUGGUUCAAGAGCAUGGCAAUCACAAAGAAGGUCGACGUGUACAGCUUUGGUGUGAUGAUGCUAGAGAUCAUAUGCUGCAGGAAGAACUUGGAAACAGAUAUUGGGGAAGUGGAAGAGGAGGAACCGGUGCUGGUGUACUGGGCUUAUGAUUGCUACAAAGAGGGGAGGCUGGACCUCCUGCUGAAGAAUGAUGAAGAGGCGAUGAGUGAUUCAAGGAGGGUGGGGAGGUUUGUUACAGCAGCUAUUUGGUGUAUCCAGGAGGAUCCAUCGCUAAGGCCCUCGAUGCACAUGGUAACCCAGAUGCUAGAAGGAGCAGUUCCAGUUCCUAUGCCACCUGAUAUUUCAUCCUCCGCAAGCUCGCGGUAAUUUCAAUAGGUGGUCAUGUAGAAUCUGUGGUCGCUGUUAUGCACUGUGUCGUUUCUAAGACCCUCUUGAGUUUGUACCAUGGCGUCCACUUCCCUUCUGCAUUCUCGAAGACCUCAGAGCCAUGCUAAGAUCUUGCGAGUGCAAGAAUCAAUAAGAGUGCAAAUCGCUGCACCAAAUUCCAAUGCCAUGAGAAAAAUUUAUGUAUUUGUUACUAGUGCAACUGUAGUGUUCAUGUAGUACGGAUGCAGCUAAUGUUUUUUAUAAUGCAAUCUUAAUAUGAAUUUUGUGACAUGGAGCGUUUUACUGCA